AUGGCAAACAAGAAAACUCACCAGGAAAUGGUUCAAGUUGAUAACUCCGAACGUGCAGAUUCUCCUUUCUGGGCUGGCCGGUCCGUAUCCCUGAAUCGAUCAACCCCAAAGCUGCAUGGCCAGAACACCGUAGUCGGUGCUUCCUAUUCCCAUGCCAAUAUUGUACAAGGUACCCCAUCCAAUCCCCAUUCCCGCCCCAGAACGCCCCCGAAGCCGUCCGCCACCAAUGCGCCCUCGCAUCUGGCUCACCGAUCCGGGAAUGUCGCCUCCCCUCCACGAGAUCCAUACGCCAUAAUGAGCUCGGGAGUAGACGAGUGGAGCCGUGAUCCAACUGAAGACGACGAGGACGAAGAUGACGAAAUUGUGUAUGAUGACGAUGAAGACGAGUUUGGGCUUCCGAGCUUGGCGAGUAUGAGGAGAAAGAAAAUACCUUCUUCUUCGAAAGCCAAGAAUAUCGACCCGGGUGGAGCUGUGGGAGGAUUUCCUGGCUCCCUAGGAUUUGGGCUUUCAAGUAACAACCGCCAACGAGCAAAUAGCUCAGACAUCGCCGAGGAACGUGGCACCCCCAUGUAUCCUACAGCACGAAAGGGCGACGGAAAGAUCCUUCGCCCUCAAUAUAAAGAUAUCUUACAAGACCCCGCAAAUGCUUUGAACCUCAUCAGUCAUACCGCCCCGCCUACGAAUGCAUCCCCUAAGGAGAGGGAAAUCCAUACAAGCCGCAUAUCUCGAAUAAACAAGUUCAAGCGCAUUCUUCAGGCAAGCACAGUCUCUCUUACCGAGCUCCGGGAUUUGGCAUGGUCUGGAGUUCCCGAGGAAGUCAGGCCCAUGACCUGGAAACUUUUACUCGGCUAUCUACCUACCAAUAGCGAAAGACGUAUCUCUACGUUGGAAAGAAAGCGCAAAGAAUACUUGGAUGGAGUCAGACAGGCAUUUGACCGUGGGAGUGGAGCGGCUUCAAAUCCUCCGGCUUCGAGCACAAAGCGUGGCAGGGGACUGGAUGAGGCAGUUUGGCAUCAAAUCAGUAUCGAUGUGCCACGAACAAGCCCACAUAUUCCCCUCUAUGGGUACGAAGCCACCCAGCGGUCUUUGGAGCGCAUCCUAUAUGUUUGGGCCAUUCGGCACCCGGCCAGUGGAUAUGUUCAAGGAAUCAACGACUUGGUGACACCGUUUUGGCAAGUGUUCUUGGGAGUAUAUAUCACAGACCUCAAUGUUGAAGAGGGUAUGGAUCCGGGUCAGUUACCACGAAGUGUGCUUGAUGCAGUCGAAGCCGAUACGUUCUGGUGUAUUACCAAGCUGUUGGAUGGAAUUCAAGAUAAUUAUAUCUAUGCCCAACCUGGAAUUCACAGGCAAGUUCGAGCACUGCGUGACCUGACGAAGCGUAUCGACUCUGCACUUGCAAAACAUCUUGAGAACGAAGGCGUAGAAUUCAUGCAAUUCAGUUUUCGGUGGAUGAAUUGCUUGCUGAUGCGGGAAAUGAACAUCAAGAACACGAUACGCAUGUGGGAUACGUAUAUGGCGGAGGAGCAGGGCUUCUCACGAUUUCAUCUAUAUGUAUGCGCCGCUUUUCUGGUCAAAUGGACGGACCAGCUGGUCAAAAUGGACUUUCAGGAAGUUAUGAUGUUCUUACAAGCAUUACCAACGAGAGACUGGACCGAGAAAGACAUUGAGCUUUUACUAAGCGAGGCGUUUAUCUGGCAGAGUCUAUUCCAAGAUUCUGCCGCUCAUCUUCGACCUGCUGGUGAUACGCCUCCUGAAAGUGGUAUCUUUUAUUGA